CCGCAUUUUUCUUCCUCUCUUUUUUUCAUUAAUAUGGCUACUAAAAGAGCUCUACCACUUUUAUUUCGACAAGGUUCUACUUAUUUAACCAAGUGUCAAAUAAUUAGACCACUUUUAUCUCAGUAUAAAAAAUCAGUCUAUCACUAUACAACAACGACUACACCAAAACUAGCUGCAGUACCUGAACAAACAAACACUAGUUCUUCUCGGUCAAUCAAUUCUGACUCUCAUGAUUCUUCAAGAGCAGUUGAGAUAAAAGAUGCCAAACUGAUUUUUAAUCAAGCCUGGAAGAAUAUCGAGGAUCAUUAUGGCAGAGAAAACCUUCAUUUACCUCGUGAAUUUAUCUUUUUGAUGGGUGCCCCUGGAUCUGGAAAAGGAACACAUACUCCUUCUAUAUUGCGUGCACGUGGCAUCACUAAUCCGCCCAUUUCAGUCUCCCAGUUGCUUCAGACGCCAGAAUGUAAAGAACUGAUCAAUCAAGGUCAAAUGAUAUCUGAUCGUUAUGUGAUUGAGCUGUUGCUACAUGCCAUGCUUGACUGUGAUCCAACAGUAGGUGUUUUGGUAGACGGCUUUCCAAGAACGGACAUUCAAGUGGAGGCACUCAAGUUGUUGCAUGACCGUAUGACGGAAUUGAGACGUGAGUUUUGGAAUACCGAUAGAAGAGACCAAUUCCCUCGACCUGUAUUUCGUAUUUGCGUUUUGUAUGUAGAUGAGGAAAUUUCUGUUCAAAGACAACUGGCAAGAGGUAGAAUGAUUCGUCAACAUAACUUGGAAGUCAAAAAGACAGGUCAGGGUGUCUUUUGGGAUGAGCGUGUGACAGAUAAUGAUGAAAAUUUAAUUCGAGAACGUUAUUCGAUCUUUAAAGCUCAUUAUGGCUCACUCUUGAAACUGUCGAAAAUGUUUCCUUUUCACUUGAUUAAUGCUACAGGAUCUAUAAAAGAAGUACUGCAGAUUAUUCUUAAAGAAUUCGAAUAUCAAUCUUCCCUUGAACUGGAUUCAGAUACUUAUGAUGCUAUUUCACAUAUUCCCGUUGCAACACAAAUUGGUAUUCAUGCUCGUCAGGACUUGAUCAGUCGAUUAGAACACUAUCAAGACACUGAGCCUGAUUUAUUACAAAAGGCUAUCCAAUUUAUUGAUGACAAUGUCAUGCCUAAAGUACAUCGUCAUGCUAUCAGUGGUCAUACCAAUGUUAGAACUGAAGAGCCACGUAUGGGAGAUACUCACUUUGCAGCUAUUGUGAUGGAUGUACUGUCUGAGCGUGGAUAUCAUGUAUCACUCGACCGUCGUUUACACCAUGUUCCUGUGCGUUUUGACUUAGAGACAGGAAAGAUUGAAUUAGAGACACAUCAUAUUUAUUUAUUAUCAGUCGAGUAUCCCAAACACUAUAUUCGACCUUUAGAACAAAAGUUUAAUUAAAG